GAAGUAAAAGCAACUUACCAGGCUGCACCUCCUUCACGGUGAGCACCACCACCAGUUUCAAGAAGAAGAUUGACCACCUUAACUAGUAAAGUCAUUCCAUCUGCUAUCUGUUUAACAUAAUGAAAUAUAUAUAACUGCAAAUAAACAAAAGGAUUUAUAUGACUCCAAGAAACUAAAAUUCUGGAAUGUUGAACAAGUAGCAGAAGAGAUACCUCGCCUUGUCAGCAAAUCCAUAACCGUUACUUUUUCCAGAGGCGGUAGGAGACUGAGCACUGAACAUAAUGAGAAAACAAAAAAAAAAAGAAUCACAGACUCAAUAAUAUUCUGGCCGGGGAAUAAAGCAAGCCUCAACCAAGACUGAGUAGAAGCAAAACAGAUGACGUAGGGUUGCCCUUACCUGCUUGGGCCCUUUGUCACAUCAGCAUCAGGAUUCUCUUCAAGAACAAGAUCAAGUUUAUCGAUUUGCACAACUACAGGCUCUGAUUGCUGACAUAUGGCAGCUAUAAGCUAUUUGAGAAGAAAAGUGAAAUAGAAAAAAAAAUCAAUACUUGUGGUCCACAACAAGAGAGAUGGCAGAAUUAACAGAAAUAAAAUAACAUUUCAGUUUAAUAGCUAUGUUCUAUCCACUUAAACUGUCACUCGCAAGCAGAAGCUAUGCUAUUACUUUUCAGAAUCCUGAAUCUAUAUUCCAUCAGAACUACCUCAGAGCUAUUAAUAGUCCCAUUAACAGUCCCUGCUUAAACUGUCACAAUUCUAUCAUCCUAGAGAAACUAGCACACAUCAAAGCCAUGUUCUUUAACAAUCUUAUAUGAUAGAAACUAGUAAGAUAUACACACACAAUGCUCAUGAGGGGUUCCUUAUUUCAACAAAUCAUCUCAAAAUCAAGAAAAGACAAAACUAAGAUGUACAGAUGAAACAAUUCAACAACAAAUGAGAUGUUCAUCAGUAGGCUAGCGAACACAAACCAUUAAUAUCUGCAAACACACACACACAAAACCUGAACCAUAAAGACACAAUCUUUUCCAGCUCAACUCACUGAAGAAGGAGAAGAAGUGGACCUAGAUUAGAUUAGAAAGCUGAGCUGUACGGCCUUGAAGCUUGAAUUGAUCUCUAGUGAAUGAUUUGAGCCAAUACUUGAGAGUAUACUCCAGGGCUCCAUUGUCCCCUGAUGAUUCUUUAUGGCUCUUCUAAAUCAAGAAGAUGGAUCAAGAACAACACCUCAUGGACUUGCUCGUGAUCACGAUCGAUUCCCAGAUCCGGGAAGCUGUGUGUCCGUAGACAAAAGGAGCAUAGACGUGGGAUGAUCCAUAACUGUUGCGUCUUUAGGACAUUUAGAGUUAGUUAUUCACAAAAGAGAAGACAGUUAGUUACUUCAUGAGAAGAUUUGAAUCUUGAGGAUGUUGUUGUUACUGUAAGACUGACUGGCACGUGCGUGGUUACUCGCUACGCACGCUUGAAUUGUCUGACCGGCCUGAGAUAAUGAAUCUUACGUAGUUUUCUGGGGUUUAACGUUUCCUAUAAAACGCCAGACAUCACAUGCUCUACGAUAAAUUGAAUGCAUCUUUAAGUAAAAGCUAUUCAUUUGAUCAUUGUCAUUGGGCCAGUGGAUAAAGAGGCCCAUUAGCAGUGAAUCGAGUUAUGAGGCGUUAACAAUCAUUAGGGUUUCAGUGCCUUAAAUAACAAUCUAUCGACAGCAACUAGGGAAGAAAAAAGGAAUAGAGUCUUCAAAGAUUGAUCUAAACUUAUUUUUGUUCAUCGACCUUUGUUUGGAGCUUGAAACAAUAUGAAGACGAAGAUAUCCAAUCUUCCUAUGGAAUUGCUAGAGGAGAUUCUCUCUAGGGUUCCGGUGAAAUCCAUAGUAACAGUACGAUCUACUUGCAAAAGCUGGAACGUUUUAACUAAAGAUCAAAGUGUUGCCAAUAAGCACAUUGAAAAAGCAGCAGCAGCACAACGAGAAAGGGUGGUUCUUGUGAUCACGGGGGAUACCAAUGAUCUUGUGUUAAGCGUCAAUCCUUAUGACUUUCACAACAAAACCUUUGGUCCAUGCAUAAAUCGUAAAGGUAUACUUAUUACUCAAAAAAACUCAGAUAAAGUUUGCUUUGUACAACGUGUCUUUCACUGCAACGGUUUACUGCUAUGUAUAUGGAGACGCAACAAACGUUGGCUUUUGGUUUAUAACCCGUAUUGGGGUAAAACAAGAUGGAUCGAAUGCCCAAUACAACGUUCGUAUAAUGAGUUGUUUGCUUUUGGAUACGACAAAUCAUGUGGUAGCCAUAAAAUCUUUAGGCUAAGCACCAGUGAUAAUUUCGACAUCUACGACUUGAGUUGUGAUUCAUGGAAGACUCGUCCUCAUGCAGCUUUUCACAGCAACAAUGUAAUAAAGUAUACUGAACCUGGCGUGUCUUUGAAGGGAAACUCUUACUGGCUUGCUAAAGAUAAGCAAUCAGGAAAGAAUUUCUUACAGUGUUUUGAUUUUACGAGAGAGGGUUUUGGACCGCGUCUGCCUAUACCAUGUGAGUUUUUUUCUUUUGCGUCUCUGUCUUCGGUUAAAGAAGAGAAGGUUGCAUUGUUGUUUAAACACCAGUGUGGUACUAAGGUUGAUGUUUGGGUUACGGAUAAGAUCGAGCCCGGCGCUGUGUCGUGGAGCAAGUUGUUCAAAGUUGAAACGUUGCAAUUACUCUGUCAUGGUUGUAUGUUUGGGAGUUUCUUGAUUGACGAGGAGAAGAAGACCGUGGUGGUUUUUUAUAUUUACGGCGGAUGUUACACAAAAAGUAGAUAUAUCAUUGAUGGGGAGAGUGGUGAUAUCAGACAAGUGGAGAGAAUAGGUUCUCAAGACUCGAAACUUUACAAUCUUGUCGGCUGUUAUGUUCCAAGCUCUGUGCAAGUCUAAGUUAACUUAUCUCUCUCCUAUCCUUAAUGAUCGUGGCUGCUGCUUCUAAUAUUCUCUUGAAACUCAAUUGUUUUGACAUCUUCAUUAUAUGUUUCUGAAUGACUUUAUCAUCCUCUACUUGUACUCUCUUCAAAAUUCAAUUAACAGACCUUCAAAGAUUUAGAUGUAGUGUGUUCAGUUUUCACUUUCCCUAUAGUUAAUAGUGAAUCUCUUUAAUUUUCUUUAUCAAGAAACAUAACUCCUUCAACCUAAUAAUUACAAAUCCAAGAACUUGGCCUUACCUUGAGCCCAUAUGAUAAAUAUACAAACUUGAAAGACGACAUUGUAUACUUGUGUCAACUAGACUAUCGCGCUAUUUAAUUUCAUAUUAUGUACUGAUUGAUCUUCCAACAGAAAAACAUUGUUCAAGUUCACGAUGCUCUAUCUUCAGUUCCCAAAAAAAAAAGAGUUCAAGAUCAAAUCUUUUAAGACCAGACAUGUUUAACCUAAACAAUACAAUUGAAACACACUGCAAACGUUUACAGACAAGAUCGAUUUAAAACAGGACUAAUCUAAAUCUA